CUUAGCAAUGGAUUCCCCCAGUAUAACACUCCAAAUUCACACAGGAAUACAGCAUACGUCAGAGUCUGUGUUCAUGGGACUGUGUCGUACAGUGGGGACCUCACAACAGGUGGCAAUGAGGAGAGAUUUGAUCGAUAUUGCGGAGAUGGUGAGGAAUAAAGUAAUGACAAGUAACCAGGGCAUAAUGAUGAGCAGUGGAAGUCACAGAGAAGGGUUCAGAAUGAAGGGAUCCGACAGGGAUUUUAUGAAAUGGUUUAACAACCACCGAGUGAUAUGGGACUUAUCUCAAAUCCAGCUUUACAAUAUACACAAACAUUCCCUGAUUCUCUCUGUCUCUUCUGAAAAUCCACCCGGAUUUACUUUACUACAAUUACUAACACACACAGCACACAAAAACAUUCUCUCACCAUUAGUCACAAUGAAUGGUGGACGAUAUAUAUCUAGUUCUAAAUACAGAGAGAUCACAUGUUUUGAAAUAAAGCCAAACUCUACAGUACAUGGUCCAUGUAGCAGUGGAACAAUAAGGGGGAAAGAAUAUGACAUUGCCAACUGUUUUGCUUGUGACUUUUGGCCUCCGCCUGCCUCUCCGUGGAUAGACAGAUGUCACACAUGGCCCCAGCCACAGGUUGUUAGGGACAUAGUCAGAGGUGGAUGUCACUUUGUAGCAAUAGGACACAAAUUAGGAAAUCAUGAAAACAAUGAAUGGAGAAUUUCCUUUUCUCUGGCAGAACAAAAACUUGUGUACUCAAUGAACCACUGUCAAUUCUUAACUUAUGGUUUGCUGAAAUUGUUCUUAAAAGAGGUAAUUAACAAUGGAUUAGGUGAUAAUGAGAAAUUAUUGUGUUCCUAUCACAUGAAGACAGCAGUUUUCUGGACGAUUCAACAAAGCACAAUACCUAACUGGUGUCCACAGAAUCUCCUGAAAUGUUUCUGGUACUGCUUUAAACUCAUCCUUAAAUGGGUGUAUGAGGGAGUCUGUCCUAACUUUUUCAUUCCAAAAAACAACAUGUUUCUCAGUAAUAUCCAUGGUCAAGCACAAAACAGAUUAUUUGUUAGAUUGUUUGGUUUUUAUGAAGAAGGUCUAGCAUCCCUCCUGCGAAGUCCCGCCCUCAGGUCCUACAUCGUAAAUGUCCUUUAUAACCCCAGACUCAGUAUUUGUACUGAUGAACACACUCUGGUAUCUGAGAUCAAGUUUGAUAAAGAUAUGUUCAUGGAAUUAUAUAGUGGAAAUUCACUAAGCUCAUCAAACCCCUACCUCAAUAUGGUGUUCUUGAAUACAAUAGAACAGUUGAUAGUCUCACCCCUGACACAGUGUCAAGUUCUCAUGUUACAGGUACUUACAGCCUCCCUCCUUCGCAGUACUGCUUUUACAUCACAAAAGAUGUACAGCAGCACCACUAAAAACAAGCUGAUGUAUAUUGCUGACAGAAUGUCCUGUCACAUGUUGAAACUCACAGCCAAGUUUGGGUGUAUUUCUGACAGGUUGUACAUUGCAAUGUAUUAUUACAAAACACUCAGAUACACAGAAGCUUUGUCUGUGAUAGAGAUGACAAAGGUUAACUUAGCACAGCCGUAUGUGAUGCAUAACUGGACAGUAGACACAAAGAGAUAUACCGAGGCUGUAGGGGGACAGUCCUGGUCUACAAAGUUUAGACAUGCUGUAGUAUGGUAUAUCAUAUUAACCAACAGAACCAUCUAUUUCAAUGAAUUAAUAACAGAACAGAGUGUUUCUCUACAAAACCAAUUCACUCAAAUGAUUAUCCCACCCCUAGUUAUGUUACACAUGCUGGAGUUUCUGUGUUACAGACAUAUUGACACAAGGAGAGCACAAACAGCUCUUAAUGAUCUACAGGUCCUAGUUCACCAUGAUCAGGGGGUGUAUGUAGGUGUGGAAUUAAGAGACAUAUCAUGGCAGAUCCUGGGCAUCUGCCAACAUAUCUCAGGGAACCUCGAGGCCGCUCUAUACUCCUACCAACAAUCACUCAGACAAUAUCCAUACAGUAGAAUACAAAGUGCUACACUAAUGAGAAUACUUAGUAUUGUAUAUGUGGCUUUAAAUAUGACUGCUAAUGAUACUCCCUCAAGAAGGAUUUCAGAUGCUGUUUAAAAAGAAUUAGAUAUUUUGUUAGAUUGAUGAUUAACUACCGUAGUUUAUCCAUUAUGCUUAAAGCUGACAUGAAUCAAUAAAUAUAUACGCAUUUCUCUGUAUUUAGGACCUGUUAGAAUAAGUGAUUUGAGAUCACCAUUUUCAACUAUAUCAACAUCACCAGUAAUGACAUUUCCAGCUGGACUAUAGUUAAAAGAAGAUGAAGAAGAACACGUAGAUGGAUUUAAUAUAAGAUGGUCAAUAUCUAGGCACUGCAAAGUUUGUUUAUAAUUAAAAUGUUUGGAUGCAAUAGUAGAAGUAUACUUGAAGGAAAUACUUGGUGGAGACUUGAACUUGAAAUAAGUUGGAAUAUACGACUGAACUUUUUUAUGACGAAGAAUGUUACUGAUGUUGACGGCAUCUAUAUAUUUCAGGAUAUCAUUACGUUUUGGAUCACGUGAUAACGUUUAAACAGAAUCAUCCACUGACUGGUCCAAUUAUACAACUUUGCCCCUUAAUCAGAAAAAUCUGCUAGGCUGACCUGAAAAAGAAAUGAUGAAGGGAGGAUAACUGCUAAUAAUUGAUACACAGUUGAUAACAACAUGUAAUUCAAAAGUCUGACAAUAAUCUCAAACAAUACACAAAUAACAAAGCUUCAUGAAAGACAUACUGAAUAGCCCUCAAUAGUUUUUAGAAAUAGUAAUGAAAGUGAAGGAUCAAAUUUAAGUAACACUAUCAAUGGAUUUCAUUGAAUUUUUGUCAUUUAUAUAGUUUAGUGAGUCUCCAAAUAAUUCAAUAUGUACACGAUAGGAAAUACACCGUGUACAACCCCACAUUUGGGAUGCGGAAUAGUGACCUUAGGAGGGUACGGAAUUCGAAGCGUGUUUUACUAGAUAAGUUGACAUAUUUAGCUUGGUUACAGCUAUAGAGAUAAAACUAGUCUUAUAUUAAAAUACGACGGAACAGAGGGAUGUCCCCGCUUACUCUUACUCGUUUCCCACGUUGCAGUUUGUGUUAGAAAUAGGUGAACACUUCAACAAUAUUCGACAACCACACGUAAGGAUGCAAAUUUGAUCGAUAUUCGGCGAAAUUUUCAAUUAUACUGGCACUCUACAUAAUAAAACUAAUACACAUGGUUUCUGUGGGGUUGUACACGGUGAAAUAUAUCAAAAGCAAUAAAUCAAACUGAUAAAAAGAAUUCUGGGCAACAAGAGAUACUUGGACCACAACGCUCACCUGAGUCAGUAAUAUAUUCUUUGGAACCCUGAUUUAGAGUGAACAAUAUCAAGAACCAUAAUGUAUGCCAUUGAAAGACUUGCAUACACGUUUGAAAAUUUGAAGGAUUAUUUCAAGUAUGAAUAUAUAAGUUUGUUUAUAUUAUGGAGGUAUAAAGACAAUAGAAACAUGAUGUCAUUUUUUUUUAUAUAAUAGACAACGCUGAUAAUGAAGAGUAUUACCAAAAUAUUCCAUUGUUCUCAUAUCAUCCAUAAUACAGAACAGUUAGGGUUUUAUAUCAAUAUUUUGUAAUUCCAUUUUUUAGUUUGUUUAUCCAGAAAGAGAAACAUAGAAAGAGUCGUGAUUUAUUGCCGGGGAAAUCUUGGGCUAUGUAGUCAUCGCUUUUAGUUUUCCAACAAACUCUUUUAAGUAACACUUGAGACCUCUCAUAGUCCAUCCUUGUCAGAGACCAUUGUCUUUUUUAACACAUCUGUUCUUUGAAAACAAGUUUUAUUAAAAUGACAUUACUUAUAAAAUUCA